CCGAGCCGGGCGAGGCCGUGAAGAAAGACCUGCAGCACCUGAGUCGGGAGGAGCGUCGUCGCCGGCGGCGCGCCACGGCCAAAUACCGGACAGCCCACGCCACGCGGGAGCGCAUCCGCGUCGAAGCCUUCAACAUGGCCUUUGCCGAGCUGCGGAAGCUGCUGCCCACACUGCCGCCGGACAAGAAGCUCUCCAAGAUUGAGAUCCUCCGCCUGGCCAUCUGCUACAUCUCCUACCUGAACCAUGUGCUGGACGUCUGA